AUGUCGGAACAUACAUCAGUAUCGAAUUCAAAUGGACAAUUAGUAAAUGACGGAACUCAAGCAACAGUUCCAUUAAUACCAAUAAUGAUGCCAUCAACACCACCAAUAAUUCCAUCGACACCACCAAUAACUCCAUCGACACCACCAGUAAUUCUAUCGACACCACCAAUAACUCCAUCGACACCACCAGUAACCCCAGCGACACCAUCACCAAAUGAUCAAAUUCCUUCAUUUAUGCAAGCAUAUGAAUAUGCAAAAAAUAACUAUAAUUGGCAUAGAGUAUCAUUAGCUAUAUCAAAUAAUCCCGAAUGGUUAACACGAAUUCCAGAAGGUCGUCGAUGGACAAUAUUACAUCAAGUUGUUUUUUUUGGUAAUGUUUCACAUUUAAAUGAAGUUCUUACUCAUCAAAUUUCAAAUGAAAAUUUUCGUCUUCUAUGUAAGACAUUAGAUGAUAAAACUGUUCGUGAAGUUGCUUCAGAACGUGCACAUAUACAUCCACAAAUGUUACGUUGUAUUGAACGUCUUGUUGCUAGUGAUCAAGUAUUACACAAUGCUCGUGAUGGUAAAUGGGAAUUAGUACGACAAUUUCUUCGUCAACAACCGGAUAUUGUUAAUGAAAAACCGCCAUAUAGAAGAUUCUAUUUAGUACAUUAUCUUGCAUCAAUAGGUCAUCUCGAUAUGUUUAAAGAUUUAAGUACAAUAUGCCACUUUAAACUUAAUGUAGCUGUUGAUAAUAAAACAAUAAAUGACAUAGCACGUGAAAAUAAUCAUAUUGAAUUUGCUGAAUAUAUUGAAAAUCUUCAAGCAAAUACAAUUGAAACAACUGAAAAUGAUAAUCAGAGUGCAGCAACAGGCAAUGAUUCUUAUUCAUCGCAAACAACUACUGCGCCAUCAUUUAGUCAAGGAUUUUAUGAUGAUCCUGGUAUUAUGAUAUUUUCAAUAAAUCCUAAUACAUUAGGAAAUAUGCUUUUAUCACAAGAUGGUUCAUUACCAUAUUCUAGUAAUCAUCAUCAUCAUCCUUAUUCAUCUAAUCAAUCACAUUAUACAACACAUUAUCCAUUGCAAGAUCAAGUUUCAAAUAUGUCAGCCAUUACGAUUGAUUCUAAUCAAAGUUCGAUAGACGAAGAAAUUGAAUAUGAAAAUAAAAAAAAAUCAGAAACAUAUGUAUCACCAACAAUGACUGAAGACGAACAAUUAGAAUAUGAAAAGACAGUUAUGGGAAAUAUUAAAAAAUUUUCUUCGGAAAAUUUACUUAAUGCUAUUACAUGUUGUAUAACAAAAGCUAUUCUUAGAGAUCCAGGUAAUCAUUAUUUUAUAUUCGUAUAA